AUGUUAGGAUGUUCUGCGUUUGUUGCUAUCUAUCAAGCGGGUCAGAAUAUUUAUGAAUUGUUUGACAAAGUUUGUGUUCUUUACAAAGGUCGACAAAUUUUCUGGGGUCCUGCUGAAGAAGGUGUUGCAUACUUUGAAAGAAUGGGUUACAUGAAACCACCAAGAAUGACUGCACCUGAAUUCUUAACCGCUGUUACUUCUCCUUCUUCAAGACAAAUCCGUCCUGGCUUUGAAGGUAAGGUGCCAGAUUCAUCUGAGGAAUUUGCAGAUUACUGGACUAACUCUCCUGAGUACUCCAGAUUGGUUGAUGAAUUAAAUGAGUUUAAUUCCACACAUAAUGGUGAAGAAACAAGACAAAGAUUGGAUUACGCUAACCAACAAAGAAAACAAAGGGGUAAUAGACAAAAGUCUCAGUUUACCAUUUCUUAUUGGUCUCAAGUUUACUAUUUAAUGUUGAGAGGUUUCCAAAGAACUAAGGGUAAUAUUACUUAUACUAUUGUCUACCUUUCGUCUUUUGUUACUAAGGGUUUUGUUGUUGGUUCCAUGUAUUACCAUAUUCCUAAGUCUACUGUUGGUGCCUAUUCACGUGGUGGUAUUUUGUUCUAUGUUCUUCUUUUCUGUUCUGUGACAUCUUUGGCUGAAAUUGCAAACUCCUUUGCAACAAGAAAUAUCUUGACUAAGCAUAAAUCAUACUCUAUGUAUCACUUAUCUGCUGAAGCUCUUCAAGAAAUUAUCACUGAAUUCCCAACUAAGUUUGUUGCAGUUGUCAUUCUUGCCCUCACUACUUAUUGGAUGCCAAACUUGAAACAUACUGCCGGUGCGUUCUUCAUGUACUUGUUAUUCUUACUUACUAUCCAACAAUGUAUGUCAUUCACUUUCAAAUGUAUCGCUUCAGUUUGUAAGGAUGGUACUACCGCCCAUGCAAUUGGUGGUUUAUGGGUUUUGAUGAUGUGCGUUUAUACAGGUUUUGUGUUACCAUUGAACCAAAUGCAUCAUUGGAUUAAAUGGAUUCAUUAUUUAAAUCCAAUGUUUUAUGCCUUCUACUCAUUAAUGGGAUCGGAAUUCCACAGAAAACAUAUGCCAUGUUAUCAUUUUAUUCCUUCUGGUCCUGGUUAUGAAAAUGUUUCUCUUGCAAACCAAAUUUGUGCGUUGAGUGGUGCUGUUGCUGGUCAAGAUUGGGUUGAUGGUGACGCUUAUCUAUACCGUGCAUUUGAUUUCAGAUGGCACAAUGUUUGGAAAUACUGGGGUAUCAAUGUUUGUUGGACUGCAGGUUUUAUUGGAUUAAAUGCUUUUAUGGCAGAAUUUGUUAAAAAUGUUGAAGGAGGUGGUGAUAUGCUUUUAUUCAAGAGAGGAUGUCUUCCAGAUACUUCCAACGGCGAAGAUUGGGAUGGUAAGGUUGCUAGUAGAGAAGAGAUGAUGCUUGCAUUAAACGGUCCUGAUGCAGACUUAGACAAGAUCAUUGCUGAAGCAGACAUUUUCUCUUGGAAAAACUUAGACUAUGUCAUUCCUUAUGAUGGUGCAACCAGACAAUUACUAUGCCAGAUUCAAGGUUACGUCAAACCAGGUACUAUGACAGCAUUAAUGGGAGAAUCCGGUGCAGGUAAGACUACUUUGUUAAAUACACUUGCACAGAGAAUCAAUUUUGGUACAAUCACUGGUGACAUGUUAGUUAAUGGUAGACCACUAGAUGGUUCCUUUGCAAGAAGAACUGGUUAUGUGCAACAACAAGAUUUGCACAUGGCAGAAUAUACCGUUAGAGAAUCCUUAAGAUUUGCAGCUGACUUAAGACAAGGUGAUAAUGUUCCACAGGAAGAGAAAUAUGACUAUGUCGAGAAGAUUAUUGAUUGUUUGGGUAUGAGUAAAUAUGCAGAAGCAAUGGUUGGUAAGAUUGGUAGAGGUUUGAAUGUUGAACAAAGAAAGAAGUUAUCCAUUGCUACCGAACUAGUUGCAAAGCCAUCAUUGUUGUUGUUCUUGGAUGAGCCUACUUCUGGUUUAGAUUCCGAAUCUUCCUGGUCUAUUGUUCAAUUCUUGAGAGCAUUGGCUGAUUCCGGACAAGCUAUUUUAUGUACCAUCCAUCAACCUUCUGCAACUUUGUUUGAGGUUUUUGAUAGAUUAUUGCUAUUGAAGAAGGGUGGUAAGACUGUUUACUUUGGUGAUAUUGGUCCAAACUCCUCUACUAUGCUAAGCUACUUUGAAAGAAACUCUGGUGUCAAAUGUGGUGUUUCAGAAAAUCCUGCUGAAUAUAUUUUGAAUUGUAUUGGUGCCGGUGCAACCGCUUCCACUAACCAUGAUUGGGCUGAGCUAUGGAAUAAUUCUCCUGAAUGUGCUGCAGAAAGCGCAACUAUUGAUCAACUACAUCGUGACUUACCAAGUAGACCUGUCAAUAAUAACAAUGGUGAUUUAGAUGCUGUUUUUGCUGCUUCUUACAGAACCCAAUUGUGGGUUGUUUUGAAGAGAACAUACACACAAUUCUGGAGGUCACCUGUUUAUAUUAGGGCAAAGUUCCUUGAAUGUGUUUCCUGUGCGUUGUUCGUCGGUUUGUCUUAUGUUGGUUUUGACCAUACUGUUGGUAGUGCGCAAGCUGCGUUCUCAUCUGUCUUCAUGUUGCUUCUUAUUUCUGUUGCUAUUAUCAACCAAUCACAUGUUUUUGCUUACGAUACCAGAGAAUUAUACGAAGUUAGAGAAAAGUUGUCAAAUACUUUCCACUGGUCAUGUUUACUUUUAUGUCAUACCCUUGUCGAAAUUGGAUGGAGUACUAUCUGUCAAUUUUUGAUUUUCAUUUGUUAUUACUGGCCUAUCAGAUUCUCUGGCACUGCUGAGAAUGCCGGUUUCUUUUUCUUCAUCAACGUUUUGAUUUUCCCAAUGUACUACGUUACCUAUGGUUUAGCUGUUCUCUACUUCUCACCAGAUGUGCCAUCAGCCUCAAUGAUUAACUCCAAUUUAUUUGCAAUGAUGUUGUUAUUCUGUGGUAUUUUGAACCCAAAGAAAUGGUCUCCAAAGUUCUGGUCGUUCUUGUACGUUGCUUCUCCAUUUACAUACUUUGUUCAAGCUUUCGUUGGUCCAAUUCUCCACAACAGAAAAUUAGAGUGUGCAUACUCUGAAUUGUUUAUUGUUGAUCCACCAGAAGGAACACAAUGUGGUGCAUACUUCUCCAAUUAUAUCAAAACAAAUGGUGGUUAUCUAGUUAACCCAGAAUCAGAGUCAAAUUGUCAUUAUUGUCCUUACGUUAUGCAGUCUGAUGUCGUUUUACAGUUCGGUAUCAAAUGGAAAGACCAUUGGAGAGAUUUUGGUAUUGCAUGGAUCUACAUUUUUGCUAAUGUCGGUUUCAUGUUAACUGGUUAUUGGUACUUCAGAGUUUAUGGUGGUAAUCCAAUGAGUGCAAUCAAGAAGCUAUUCUCUGCAAAGACUUACAAACCAGCAAAGAGACACGAAAAAGAUAACACCAUUUUCCAACCUCAACCUAAUGAUAGCAAAAUUGGUACUGUUAAGAAAUAA